AUGGGAUGUACUCUGAGCGCAGAGGAGAGAGCCGCCCUCGAGCGGAGCAAGGCGAUUGAGAAAAACCUCAAAGAGGAUGGCAUCAGCGCCGCCAAAGACGUGAAAUUACUCCUGCUGGGGGCUGGAGAAUCAGGAAAAAGCACCAUUGUGAAGCAGAUGAAGAUCAUCCACGAAGAUGGCUUCUCUGGAGAAGAUGUGAAACAGUAUAAGCCUGUUGUCUAUAGCAACACCAUCCAGUCACUGGCAGCCAUCGUCCGGGCCAUGGACACUCUGGGCAUCGAAUAUGGUGACAAGGAGAGAAAGGCUGACGCCAAGAUGGUGUGUGACGUGGUAAGUCGGAUGGAAGACACCGAGCCCUUCUCUGCAGAACUGCUUUCCGCCAUGAUGCGGCUCUGGGGCGACUCAGGAAUCCAGGAAUGCUUCAACAGGUCUCGGGAGUAUCAGCUCAACGAUUCUGCCAAAUACUACCUGGACAGCCUGGAUCGGAUCGGGGCCGCCGACUACCAGCCCACCGAGCAGGAUAUCCUCCGAACCAGGGUCAAAACCACUGGCAUCGUAGAAACCCACUUCACAUUCAAGAACCUCCACUUCAGGCUGUUCGACGUCGGGGGCCAGCGAUCUGAACGCAAGAAGUGGAUCCACUGCUUCGAGGACGUCACAGCCAUUAUCUUCUGCGUCGCGCUCAGCGGCUACGACCAGGUGCUCCAUGAAGACGAGACCACGAACCGCAUGCACGAGUCCCUGAAGCUUUUCGACAGCAUCUGCAACAACAAAUGGUUCACAGACACGUCCGUCAUCCUGUUCCUUAACAAGAAGGACAUAUUUGAAGAGAAGAUCAAGAAGUCCCCGCUCACCAUCUGCUUCCCCGAAUACACAGGCCCCAGUGCCUUCACGGAAGCCGUGGCUUACAUCCAGGCCCAGUACGAGAGCAAGAACAAGUCCGCUCACAAGGAGAUCUACACCCACGUCACCUGCGCCACCGACACCAACAACAUCCAGUUUGUCUUUGACGCCGUGACGGACGUCAUCAUCGCCAAAAACCUGCGAGGCUGCGGCCUCUACUGAGCCCCUGCCUCACCCCCCAGCUGCCUGCCUCCCCACCUGGCCUGCUGCCCCACCCCUGCCCCGGAACCAGAGCCCUGCCGCCGCGCAGCCGCUCUCGGCACUUGACACAGCAGCUCCCGGCUGGUGCCCAGGAGGGAGGAGAGCACAGCCUCCACGGGCCACCCCUUCCCCAGACAUCGGAGCGCGUGGUAACCCAGGGGCCAGGCACGGGGGCUGAGUGCCCCUGGGCCUCCGCUUCAUCUCUGAGGGUUUUAUCUGGCAAGGGGGGGGAGGAGGUUGGCCGCCGUUUGGUCCAGAACGGGCAUGCUCCUGUGUGGGGGUGUCUCUGGGGGGGCACCGUGUUGGCCGGGGUGAGGCCAGCGGGAGCCACUGCUCAGCUUCUUCUGGGGUCUGUCUGGUCGGGGCAGCUCCGUCACCAAAAGCCAGGGUGGGACCAGCGCAAGUGUGUGCGGGUCCCAGGGCUCGACCUUGGCGAGUGCCUCCCCCCUGCUUCCGCCUGGAUCUCAGCCCCAGGCACAGCCCUUUCUAAUCCAGGCCAUCCUUCCUUGCACACCCUCGGAGGGUCCUGUGGCCUUCCUGGGGAACCCCAUCCCUGACUCCUCAUAGGUGUGGAGAUGCUUCUGAGACUGGUGUUGCCAAGGCAUGUGGUUGAUGGUGGGAGGGGUCGAGUCCCGCGCCUAGACGGAGGUCAAGGAAGAGGUGGGAGGCGGCGGAGGAGGGGAGGCUGAGCGCAAGGAGCUCUGGUGUUGUCUGGGUUGGGGGCCUCACGCCCCGUGCUUGCAGGCUCAAGGGGGACCAUUCGCUUUCUCCCAUCGCCUGGGUCUCCAGGCAGCUGCUGCGGAAAGUGGGUAGACAGGCUUUUCCUUCUCGAGUUCUGGCUGGGCAGGGGCAGGCGCGGCCCUUCAGGUGCCGUGUUCUGAGGCUGGGGAGACCCAGGGCCGGUGUUGAUGUGGCCCCUGCAGCCAAGGCCCCAGCUUCCUUUUGUCUUGGUGAAGAAAUCAGAGUUUGUCCGAAGCCUGUGAUGUCCGUCGGGGUAGAGGACAGACGUGUGGGACUCCGGCUGGAACGUACACCAGGAGGGGGGCCCAGGCUGGUUCAGACACAUAGCCAGCACUAGCACUCCCUUCUCUCGAGAGAGAAUCCUAGGAUGGCUUGGAGGGGCUUUGCUAUACUGAGCAGAAAGGGGUGGGGUGACUCUGAUAAGCCAGGCCCCGGCUGGCCGCGGGUCAUCAGCCCGCCUCCCUCUCUCACCCAGGAGCUUCCGUGGGCCAGCGCCACCAGCCAGCUCUCCAGGCGGGCCCUGUGUGCCUGUAGGGCAGGCUCUGCCUCGGGAGUCAGACUUGUCCCUGGAGAGGCUCAGGCUCCUUCCUCCAGCCCUCUGCUCUCCUAGCCUGCCUUCCAGGCUCCAGUCCUGGGCUCCCAGUGCAGCCCCCGGACUGUCCCGGAGCCAGGAAGAGCCCCGUGCCAGCAGCUCCAGGCUUCUCAGCUCCAGUAGGCACGGAGCUCUGGCUGCUGCACGGCAGGCCCAGGGUGUCCCCCCUAGUGCCAGAUGCCUACAGGGAGGGGCGCCCCUGGUAAGCCCCCUCCCUCAUCGGGCUCUGACUGCUGCCCCCAGCCUCGUGGGAAACACAGGGCAGCCGGGCUGCAGGAACCACCCCACCAGCCUGAGGGCACUUCAAUGUCACUUGCCUUGUAUGUGAAGCACCUCAUACCAGCUGCUGGCGCGCCAGAGGACAGGCCCCGAGAGCCAGCGGUCCCUGUCCCAUCACAAGCGGCCAGCGCCAGCAAGGCCAUUUAAGACAAAGCCGUUCUCUCCCGGUAUUACCACCCUGGCAGGGACCGGCCACACCCCUAACUAGCCCCCUGAGCCCAGACCCAAAAGCAGCGGCCCAGAGGAGGGCUGCUUGUCCAGCCCCACCUCUGACGCCAUCGCCCUGGAGGUGGGAGCCCCCGGCCGCCUGGGCCCAGGACCGUCCCGUCUGCAGCACAAGAAGGAAAGGCUGGUCACUCGGGACCUUCUCUCCCUUCUGUGCCCCGGGACGCCCUGCUGCUGCUUGCCAUGCUCCCGCUGUCCCGCUCCGCCUGCAGCAGGGGUCCCUGCUGUCUAGUGGGAGCGCACAAGGAGAGGGUACCCGGGACGAAGGUCCCUCCCUGUCCACUGCGUCUCCCAUCCAUGUCAUUCCCAGUGCGCCAGCAUGGGGAGGGGUGACAGACAGUGAUGAGUCUCGGCUCCGCCGCGGGGGUGGGUAUGAGGGGAGGAGGGUGAGAGUGUGAGAGACCAGACAUGGGUGGGUCUCUCGUCCGCAGUGGCCCCGUGCGCGUCCCCAAAAGGACGAUGCUGCAAGUCUGUGAAUGGCUCUAAUUCAGUGGGCUGAGGAGAAACUGGAUUUCUAGGAGGAGCGCCUUUGCCAAACCCGUGACAAUUGUGCCUGCCGUCUAGAUGCCUGUGGGCCAGUUCUGUGCCCCGCACUGACUGCCCUCACAAAAGCCUGGUCUUGGCCUUCUUACUGAGAACCAAGAGGUCCCCAGGGCUCUCCGGCCUGGCUGGAGGGAGCGGGGCCUGAGGCCCAAGCAGGGGCUCGGUUGAACCUGUCUGCGGAGGGUGUGGGCUCUGCCCCAGGCCUGAGCAGAAAGCAGAGCUCUGGGUCCCUCGACAAUAGCUGUGACACUUUGGGUUCAUUGGCCAUCUUCCAUGGAGGCCUUGCAUGCCCCCUCCUCUGUGCCCUCUCUGGCCCCAGUGGAGCCUGAGGGCCUAUAGCCAUAUACACCAACCCACAAGUGGGGACAGUGCCCUGGCAGAAGGCCACACCUGCCUCUUCCCCCAGCCCAGCUCCACACCCCGCUGCGGGAACUGGAGACACCCAGGCCCUCCACAACCGUACUGGGAAAUAGUUGGUUCUCCCACACGGUGGGCAGCGACAGCAAGCGCUCCCCGCAACGGGAUCCCUGGUAAGCAAUCUGGCUGUACACCCCAACAGGGAAGGCCCCAGAGUCCUGUCACCCAGGCACUUCCCCUCUGCAGGGAUGAGCCCUGAAGGGAGGGGCUGCCCCCAGGAGUGUUUACUCUUGUCCCCCAGUGGCUGAUUCUGCAAGUUUUCCUGCCCCGCCCACCCAGCCCCAGCCUCCCUCCCUGUCCCUCCCUCUUGGUCAGUAAACCCGACCCAGUUCCAGUUCAGCCCCUGCUCCCAACCAGGUGGGGGAGUCUGUCCGGUCCCCUUUGAGAAGUCAGGAUGCACUGUUCUUCUCCAAGCUUCUGGAAGUUAUUAGGGGCAGCCGGCAGCUCUCAGGCAUGGAGAGGCCCGCAAUUCUGGUUGGUGGCCACCUCGAUUCAGUCUGGGGCACGAGUGGUGAGCGCCCACAGACGGCUCCCCCAGUCAGCGCCCAAGCCUACAGCAGCCCAGGGUGGCGGCAUGGGGCACAACACACAGACCAGGGACCAGGGCCGCGGAGGGAGCUACCGCCCCCGACUCCCCACCCCCGCAGUGAGGCAAGUCCUGAGCCACCCUGUCCUGAGUGGCCUUCCCUCUGGGGGCUCCGGGGCUCCAGACAGACCCCGCCCCAGCCAGACAAACACCCAGUCAAGGGAGGGGCAGGCUGGAACAGAAGCAGAAAGAGCCUUCGAGUCCUAAGUCCUGGGCCCUCUUGUCAGGUUGGGGGGUUCCCCUCUGGAGGGGAAGCGCUCAGCCGCAGGCCCAGUGCUUCAGUUCCACCAGCAGGAGCCCAGACCCCUUUUUCACAGCACUGCUGUGACCCGUCCUCUCCUCCGCCUGCCCACCCCAUCCUCCUGCCUCCCGCUCUUCUCCUGGCUCAUCCCUGCCCCUCCCCCCUCCUCCCCACUCUCAUUCCUGUCCCAGGCCGAGGGGAGCCCUGGCGCUGCUCUCCUUCCUUAGCAAGCCCCACCUCCCAGCCCUGCCGCCGUCCACUCCACAUUAACUGUAAUUUUGUAAGAAGAGUGACUUGUUGGUUUAAUAAAUCUCUAGUUAUUGUAAUAA